AUGGAUGUGAAGGAAGAGCUUGCGACACGAGAAACAUUGAAGCAGAUGGGCGUGAUGGGGAGGAACGAGAAAUUUGCACGGGACGCUUUUGCCAAGGAUUCUAUCGGAGGUGUGGUAGUCACUCUGGUUGAAGCAGUGGUGUUACAAUCGUUCUCAAGGGUCCAGCUGGAGAGGCUGACUGACUCCAGUGACGUUCGUUAUAUGGGUAUCAAGAGAGAGCCAAAGAAAACUUGGACUUCAAUAUCCAAAACAUGA